AUGACCAACCAAUGUGCGGCGGGAAGUAGAACAAUUGUUUUCGAUCAGUCAAAAAAAGAGGCUACCACCUUUCAAAAUCACUUUAAAGAAAUACAUAAAAUACUGAGGAGUUCUUGGAAAAUUGUGACGUAAGAAGCGUGCUAUCUUAUUCUUCCGGUUGCUGAAGAAAUUCCGCUGAAAUAAAUUCGGCCACUUUACAAGCUGCGAGCGUGUUCAUUAUAGCAGGUCCUACUGAAAAGUUCAGUGCUAAAGAGGUAGGGUAUUAAUAAGAGGUAUUUCCAGUUUGAAGCGAUCAAUAAAUUCAUCUCCUCUGGUGGAUCAGUGCUGGUUCUUCUCGGGGAAAAUGGUGAAAGCAAAUACGCGACGAACAUUAAUUACUUAUUGGAACAGUACGGCAUUCUUGUAAAUAACGGUAUGCAAUCUAUUGUAUUUGAUAAUAUCUUAAGAUGCCGUUGUCCGAUGCUCAUUCUACAAAUACUUCCAUCCAAAAGAGGCACUUAUUCCAAAUGGAAUACUCAAUAGGUUUGUGAUUCGACUUCAUUUUCAAAGGAGCAAAAUUUUCUAUAUCGUGACAUCCUCAAUUUAAAACGCUUAAACUUACCCCCACUUGCCCUUAUGAUAAAUUAGAAUGUUACUUCCAUAUACACUUAUGCAUAAAAAUUCGAGGUUCAGAUAUCUUAUCACGCUCAUCCUCUCCCACGAAAGACGAAGGAGAAUAGAGGCCGGGUUAGUGGAGCGACUGUUGUCCGUACUGAUGUUUUGGGAUUUGCCUGGCCUCCAUUAGCAGGCUAGUCCAUUAGUUAUUUCUGCCGGUCUUAAUUUACUCAUGUCUGCCGCCUCCACAUGUUAUCGUCGUGCUCGAUGCACACUCAAACAAACUAUACACAUACAUUCAGCCUACCAGGCGAUACGCCCAAGGCUAGAAUCAGUUAGGAAGGAGCCAACUAAGCAGGUGAACACCGUAGCCGAGGGUUGAUACUAUCGGAGAAGAGGGAAUGUGACGGCGGGAGGUCAGGUGGCUAAAGUUGAACACUGCCUCAUUUACUCGCCCGCGAUACUGAAAAAAACGCGCGAACAAAAACGACGCCGACUGACGUGGGAAUGUCAGUAGACACGCUAACUUGGUUACAACUACGCCGACUGCACAGGAGACAGAGGUCAAGCGGGCCUGUCAGCGGUCAACCUCGAAGAGGCUUAAGUUAGUCAGCGGCAAACGGGCAGGUGAAAGUUCGUGCGCAUGGCAAUGACUGUAAUACGAAGAGGGCGGAAAGGUUAGACAAAUAAAUGCCAGCAGGAACAGUAACUACACUACUCUGAUAUUCGAAACGAGGAAGUUUCCGAUACUUAAGUGCGAAUACAAUUGGUUCAGUAACAUGCCGUCUUUUCUUAUUCGUCUUAUUUGCUAGGUGAUGGACUAAGCAUAUUUAUAUAUGUACGCAUGUAUAUUUCCUGUAGAGCAAAAGGAGUUCCGACAAAGACAAGAGAGAUUGAGAGGGCUUUUCCUUAUUGUCCGUCGUCAGCUAGCCGUACCGAACCAAAGGUUUUGCGCGAUCUGAGUAUUGGGUCUGGGUUCGUUGGUCAUACAGUGUUAUGAAGUCCAAAGUUCUGUCAUUGAAUCACGGGCUGAUUGUCCCGUACUUUGUUGAUAGGGUGUGUAAACUAUAGUUGCGGAGCCCUCACUGAUCGGAUUACGGGCUAUGUUUGUCCUAUCCAACUUAGAGGAUAAAUCUCGAGUUGUCGGUGGUAAUGUUUCUCGUUAGGACGCAUUACCAAAAUGGAAUAACCGUCGAAACAUUACAUACGAUUUCUUUGUCAAACUUACUAAUACGUCAUUAAUACUGCAGUGUCUACCUACAGUAACUCGUCCUUAUUCCUGUGUUUCUAGACUUGGGUUCCUAAGUUAAUUAAACCUCGCUGAUCUCCAUAAACACUCCAUCGUCAGCAUUAAAAAAAUAUCUUAUGGUUACUUAUUCUUUCUAUAAAUGUAUUGUAAGUUUUGCAGAGAAUGAUUAGUCACAUUUUAUAUUCCGGUGACUACAACAUAUGACAUGGGAAAACGCACAUUUAGAUGCAACUUUCCAACUCAUUUAAAGUAAGAUCAACCGUAAUGCCUCAUUGCACUGAAUAUGCACUCAUGUUUCCAUAAAAAUUCACACUUAGUUGCACAUGAAGUCUUAUCUUUUUUACCAGUUAAUUACGCACUUCUUUUAAUGAAUGCAAUAUUUCUCAAACAACUAGGGAAGUUUCGAUCCUUUGUCGUCUUUUAAUAAAAGAGAUACAACGGUUUCAAAUGGGCCGUCUACGUAGUUUGAGUAACAUGACUGCCAACAAGCCCUUAGUUCUCCUCCAUAUCUGUCGGUUACGGCUUCUUUCAACCUGCGUUCAUUAAGGACUAUAGCUGAGUCGACCGGAAAGUCGUCUCUGUUCCCUGGUAUUGACGAGUUCUCACCCAAGCAGGCACUGCAGUUUGUCUAUGCAUUUGGAGCGACCCUGAAUGUAGCAAAACCAGCAAUCGCCCUCCUAUCCACUGGAAGCGUCGCCUUUCCUCUCAACAGACCUGUCUGUGCCGUUUAUGAUGCCGGUUGGGUACGUCCCUUGUCCACGUGGCUUAUUUUGAAUUUCCAUCGCUUAAUUCGGGCUUGUUAUGUGGCGAAAGUUUAGCACACAAAUAUUAUUAUGCAGCCAUUCAGUCUCUGAUGCUUAGUGUCUAUUUUAAAAAUAAUGAGAUUAAGCAGUAAGCUGGACACCUCUUGGAGCUGCUGGAUCACUAACGUAAUAGUUUACUGGAUUUUAACAUUUUAACUGAUAAAACAACACAUGUAUUGAGAAGCGUAUCAUCAGUAGAUGGUUCUACAUUCGGCCGCAUUAGUAAGUUUUUCUAAUCUGGUCUUGACAUAGUCGGAUGACACACAAUUCCUGCUCUUCAGUUCUACCCUAGAAGAGUGAUUGUAUCAUCAUAAAAUGAUUUAAUAACACCCUUUCAUCAUUCUACAUUGUUUUGAAGUAAAUUUAGUCCAAUUUUCUACUCUAAUCGCUAAACUUGAAAGUAAAUGACGUCUUUUUCCUAUUUUGCACUUGAAGGAAGAAUAUCUUUCUGAUUUUAAAAUUUUUUAAAGCCCGAAAUAACUUUGAGCUCGAUGUGUUGUUACAUUUUUGUCUAGGGUUUACAAUCUACAAGAUGUAUUCUUUCCAUAUAGGGAAAGUCGAAAAUACUUCUAUACCGUUUAAGAAGGUACCACAUGGGACUAUCAAAAUUUUUGCAAUGAGUGCAGAAUACGUCGUAAACUUCAAAAAGGGCAUUGAUAAAUGGAUAGAUACGCCGUUGUCUUAAUGGACAUUGCACGAUCCUGAAAAUCUCAUAAUUACAAGCUUUUUACAACAGAAGUGUAUUUUUCCUCGUGUAUGAAAUUUAAAGAGGGCAUUAGUGGCUUCCAGAUGCACACAUGAAAUAAUACUCUUGUGCACGUCUUCCAGGAAAUAUUUUUGAAUUUAUAAGGGUGCCUGAAAUCAGUAGAAAUAUACGUAUUAAUUAAGUAGUCAGUCCUUGCGAGCGCGGCUUCUGCAAUCGGCCGAAAAGAAAUACAUUCAAAUGCCAGCGUUUUGUUGUGUCGGAAGUAUUUUGAGAUUAUGAUGCACGACAAAACAAAGUAAAAUCCCACUUAAGCUGCCAUCCUAAUCGAAAAUGUGCUUCAGAAUUUCGGCUAAAAUUUCAUGAGAUUGGUCACUGACAGUAUAUCUGGGUCGUUUUGAAAUCUGAGAAAUAGCUUUUGGUUUAGCACAGAAGUUUAACUGGAACUUUUAUUUAACAAACUAAUAUAAGUCAUAGGGGAACGUUCUGACUAAAGUAAGUUAUUUCGUAGAACUGACAGCCAUCGUGUUGUAUGUCAUUUUAGAACAACAUGAUUUCGAAUUGACAAAAUGAGGCUAAGUUUGGGUCGUCUAACCUCAGGCUCUAUCCAAGUAUAAGUUAGAUAAUUUCCUUUUGUGAAUACUUUAAUAUAGAUCUUUAAUAGCCAGUAUGGAGUAAUCACUGUGAUUAAGCCCAUGUGCGGCCAUAUGACGUGCUUUCUGAAAUGUCUUGCUUCUUUGGUCAAACUCUGUCUUUGGUAAAUUCAACAAAGGUUGAGUGCGUCGGGGCUCUUUAUCCGGAACCGGCCUCAGGUUUAUGUACAAAUCAGGUAGAUGAAAUAUCUUGCAAAAUUACUUCAAAAUUAUCAACAAGGUCUCAUUCCUUGAUGCAGCGACUGAAAUCUCUUACAGUCGCUUUUUUAAUGAUCUGAACCAUUUUGUUUUCUGCAACCGACUAUAACAGAUGAGUAAAUCUGUUUUGGCUGUCAAUCAUAUUUUGAGUGACGGGAGAAGUAAAAACUCCGCCCUCGCAUUCUAACUACGCGACCUUGUUUGCUUGACUGGUGCAUGAACUUCUCCCGUUCACUUGUUACAUCUGGCUAAAGAUCCUGAUUACUUCCCACUUUCUCAUCUUCUAGUUUUGACCUUUGACAGAAUUCUUCUUCAUUUAAAACUUGGUGCCAUGUCCAGUUCCACUAAGACUAUUAGUGUUGCGUUCUGGUAGUAAAGAAAGUUUGUGACAUCUUAUGAGAUAAAAGUCGACUUAUUCAUAGUACCAAAUUGUCCACAUCGUUUAACGAUCGAAGUGACUUCCGAGCACACGCAGCAAGGUAAGCGAUAUGCCAGCCGCCAUUUAUGCAAAAUGCAAACAGUUAUUUCUGUCAUCCUUGGUUAAUUUCAGAUACGCCUGAAAGUGGGCUAACUCAUGAAAUGUCAGCCAAUAUUCCGAAAUGCGUUUUCGUUUCGAAAAGAUUAUUGGAGUAGGGUUGUAAAACUAGUCGGCUUGCAACAUAAUUCUACACCAUUUCGGUAACCUCAGGAUGCCGACUUUCGAACGAUCUUCCUUCCGGCUGCAUGCAAAAACGAUACUCCGUAAAAAAUGAGUACUUAUGUAGCGUGCAUUUUUGUCAUUGAUUUUCGAUUCCCUUAAAGAUUGAAUUAUAUUUCAUAGAAAACAUGCAUAAAAGUGUUCAUCCUUUUGUACAUUCAGUAGAAACUUACGUCUUCUUUCAAUUCUAAACUCGAAAGAAGGGUACGAUUUGGUUUUACCAAACGUUUCCAGUUCCCGAAUAAUUUUGAACCCGACCUGCCGUUACACUUGUAUUCAGGAUUCCCAAACUACGAGCCGUAUUAUUUCCGCGUACGGAAAACCAUGCAUUUCUCUGCGGUAUUUAGAGGAGACCAUAUGGGGUUCUUAAAAUUAAGCAGUGGAUUUGAGCCGUAUUACAAAAUAAACAAGCCACGUUGGCAAAUGCAGAGAUAUGGCCAUUUCGCGGUAUUAAAAAAUUUCACAACGAGGAACUUUUUUUAAAACCGAAUUAUACACUUCCUUCGAGUGUAGAAUUGAAAGAAGACGUAAUUGUCUACUGAAUGAACAAAAGAAUGGAUAUGUUUAUGCCUGUUUCCCACGAAAUAUAAUUGAAUUUUUAGGGACAUCGAUAAUCCAUGGAACAAAUGCAUGCUACUUAAGCAGUCAUUUCUUACGGAGUAUGGUUUCUAGAUGCAGCCGAAAAGAAGUUUCUUUGAAAGCCGGCGUCCGUGGUUAACUGAAUUAUUAUAGAAUUAUGCCGUGUGCUGAUUGAUUUUACAACCCUACUUAAUUAAUCUUUUCGAAACGAAAACGCAUUUCGAAAUUUGUGCUGGGAUUUCAUGAGUUAGCCCACCUAAUGCAUAUUGGUCUGAACAUCUUAAUUCCAAUAGGGGAUAGAAUCAGACUUACUAUUCAACAGAGUCGUCCGCUUCUUUAAGGAAUCUGGGUACGUUGCCGAAAACGUUCCUAACUAUUGAAUUUUCAGUGUUAUUCCCUUUGUUUGCGUUCUUGCUGUAGGCCAACGAAGGUCAAACGGGAAAAUUGGCUGUUGCAGGGAGUGUGGCCAUGUUUACGGAUGCCUACAUUACUAAAGAGGACAACAGAAAGAUAUUUGACAUUCUCCUUUCCUUCCUUACGUCUGAUAAUCUUAAACUCAAUGCUAUUGACGCACAAGACCCUGAGAUCGACACCUACCUACAAAUUCCUGAUAUAGCUAGUCUAGCUAACAACCUAAAGGCCUGUCUCCAAGAGAGUGAUGAAAUCCCAAGGAAUAUCUCCAGCGUUUUCGACCAGUCGCUCUUCUCCAUGAAUACUUCUUUGGUGCCUAAAGCCCUCAGGUAAGUCAACAACUUUCUAAAUUGGCUAAAUUGCCUGAAGUUUUAUUUGUAUUCCCAUAUAAAUAGGCUGAGUAGGAUCGUCCGAGAAGCAUUUAGCUUACGAAACUAAAAUACGCAUUUAGGUGCCGUCACUCAAGUUCUUGCGUUUGGCGUGAGGUAACCAUGUUAUUCUAAUUUCAGUGCCUAUGAGAAACUGCGGGUGAAACAUGAACCUCUCAGCCUGAUUACGCCGGAAUUUGAGACUCCGCUACCGCCACUGCAACCUGCUGUAAGGCCUCUUAUAGGCAAGCUGACUAUUUUUUUUCAGGUAUUUCCUCCGAACUUUCGAGAACUCGGCCCACCGCCACUGGAACUAUUCGAUCUUGACGAACAAUUUUCAACGGAAAAGGCUCGACUUGCUCAGGAAACCAAUAAAUGUGAGUGCUUGGUGAGGGAGCAGUCCAGUAAACCCCAUUGUGCCUUCUGACUUAUCUAUUUUUAAUUAUUUUUAAUAGGCACCGAAGAGGACUUAGAAUACUACAUCUCAAACUGUGGCGAAAUUUGUGGCUUGAGCCAGAAGAUUCCGGCGGCUAAAAGAACUGCACGGAAUAUCCUGGAAUUAGCACUUUUGGAGUUGGUGGAACUAAAGAAACUUAACCAGGUACCGUAAACUUGUCCUUGUAUUUCUGUAUACUGACAAUAAUUAUCUCGUUUUGUGCGACAUAAAUCGCGGACAGGGUUCUCUUCUUCCUCUUGCUAUUUGGAGCAGGGAACAUAGGAGGAAUUUAACCGCUAUACUCUGACUACGCCCCUUCCCACAGAGGAGGCCAGGCGCCAGCAUAAGUUUUUUUACAUCUCGGAAGCUUGAGUUGUUGUCUCGGGCGUGUUCGGCCAAACAAAGACAAGAGCUGCCCGAGGGAGGGCAAAGCUAUAUGCGCUUUUAUUCAUAUGUGCGUGCAUCUAAUAGCACGGAGCAGGGAGUCCUAUGAAUGGCCGGAUGGGCAAAGUUGUCUAUGAGAGCGCAGGUUCGAGUGACUACUUCAGUAAGCAGGAAGAAAAUAUUGUGAUCACGUGGUUGGGCGUGUCUCAGUAGGUGGUGAGAGCGGGAUAAAGUGCGCGUCACGAGUCACUACUUACGUUUGACAACGGCACCAAACCUUUAAUCCAAACUUGCGGCUGACUGUGAUGGCAAGGGUAGUAUUUGUGGUUAAACCUAAGCAGGUCGAAAAACCCCAAAUGAAUUUGAAAUUGUUUAACUUUCUUACUGUUUUCCAACAGGAGGGUGAAGACACGAAUAUGUGGUGA